AUGAUCGCAGCAAGGCGUGCUGCUGGCCAGUCACCGCUCACUCGAGCGGCGGCUAGCAUCGCUGGGUCCAGUCCGGCAUCAACCCAGCUGUCUGCUCUGCGGUUCAAAGCACCAUCCACCAGCGCCACUCUUCAUUUGAGCCGUGCCUGCGCUCAAACCAUCCCUAGAUUGCCACACAAUGCCGGUCUCAGAUCCAUCGCUCUUUUCCAUUCUUCCGCUGCCAGGCUCGAAGAGACGGUACCUGUGCCGCAGAUGGCAGAGUCGAUCACGGAAGGUACGCUCAAGCAGUGGACAAAGAAGAAGGGCGACUUUGUCAGUCAGGAUGAAGAAGUGGCCGUCAUCGAGACUGACAAGGUGAGUCACCUUGCAACAGCUGAGCAUGCACGAGGUUGGCUUUUCAUCCUUGCCUGCCGUUAAAUCAUUUGAAGCGUGCUGAUAUUCUGACUCCAUCCCGAACACCCGUUCAGAUCGAUGUCACUGUGAAUGCGCCGCAAUCUGGUACCAUCACCGAGACGCUGGCCAAUGAGGAAGACACUGUGACAGUUGGACAGGACCUGUUCAAGCUCGAACCUGGAGAUGCUCCCGCCAAAGGCUCCAGCGGAGGCAAAGAGGAGUCCAAGGACGAGGGUAAGGACGAAGGCAAGGAAAGGGAAGAAGCUGACCAGAAGAAGCAGAAGCAGGAGCAGGAGCAGCAACAGAAAGAGCAGCAGCAGCAAAAAGAGCAACAAGAGUCUGAUAAGAAGAGCAAGGAGGAGCAAGGUUCCAAGAAGAAGGACCAAGAGCAGGCAAAGAAGAAGGACGAGGGCAAGAAACCAUCGGGAGGUGAUGGUGUCAAGUCCACCUCUGGUCCCUCCGCACCUGUCGACCCUGCUCCGGCUACGCGCGGAAGUCGAGAUGAGAGGAGGGUCAAGAUGAACAGGAUGAGAAUGAGAAUCGCAGAGAGGCUGAAGCAGUCUCAGAAUACCGCUGCCAGCUUGACCACCUUCAACGAGAUCGACAUGUCCGCCAUCAUGGCUUUCAGGUCCAAGCACAAGGAUAGAAUCCUGAAGGAGCAAGGCGUCAAGCUGGGCUUCAUGGGUGCUUUCGCCAGAGCUAGCGCCUUGGCACUCAAGGAGAUUCCUGCUGCCAAUGCGAGCAUCGAAGGAGAGGGACUGGGAGACACGAUCGUCUACAGAGAUUACGUCGACUUGAGCGUCGCCGUCUCGACCGAAAAGGGUCUCGUCACUCCCGUCGUGCGCAGCGUGGAGGAGAUGGGAAUCCUUGACAUUGAGCGUGAGAUUGCGGCACUGGGCAAAAAGGUGAGUCUGUAUUACCCUGCAAAUUGUGCGGCGAGCUCAUGUGCUGAUUCUGGUCUUUCCUUCAACAGGCACGCGACAACAAGUUGACUUUGGAAGACAUGGCCGGCGGAACAUUCACCAUUUCCAACGGAGGCGUCUUUGGUAGUCUCUUCGGCACUCCCAUCUUGAACCUGCCAGGCUCUGCCAUCUUGGGCAUGCACGCCAUCAACGAGAAGCCAUGGGUUGUUGACGGGCAAGUCGUCAUUCGUCCCAUCAUGGUCGUCGCCUUGACUUAGUGAGUGGUCGUCUCUUUCGCUGUUCGCCCCUCCUCCCUUCGUGUCGAGUUGUCAUGCGCUGACGCCAUUCCACUCCCGUGUACGCCUCCACAGCGACCAUCGACUUUUGGAUGGUCGCGAAGCUGUUACUUUCCUUGUUCGCUUGAAACAAUACCUCGAAGACCCUGCGCUCAUGGCUUUGUAG